CUCAAAAUUAAAACACAAUUCACCUAGCGUCCUUUCAUUGUGCUAACCGAUCAGUGCUGUGGCCACUCACCGUGCCACUUCUGCGUUGCCCACGCCGUCGUUUCCAUGCUUAAGUCGCUGGCGCUCUGCCCACUAUCGCCGCUAUUGUGCUCAGCGUUUUAUUAUUUUAUUUUAUUUUUUUGGAAAUUCAGGGCAUUCAUUAAGCAGGCAAAUCAGCUAAAAACAUUCAUUUUCUUGGUUAUAGAAUAGCCAGAUUGCGUUCAGAGGUGGGGGGAUUUUGUUUGAAGUUUUGAACUUUAACUACCGUUUGGCGUUUUCCUUUUUCGAUGUGGGGCUAGGGUUUCCAUUACAUUUACAGCCAAACUCAGAAACACAACAACAAAGGUUCCCAUUACAUAUACAGCAGCAGCAAAUCUUCUUCUUCUUCGAUUUCUCUGCUCUCUCUCUCGUCUAAGAAUCCGGUAAAGUUGUCGUCUUUGGUCUCGGAAUAAUACUUUCCGUUCACGCCCAAAUCGGAAGAAUUGGGGAUAGAGUUCUGCUGAGUUUCAAAGAAACCCCCGAGGGAGUAACGCCAUCUUCGAUUGCUCUCAUUCUGGUCCCUGCGUUCCUUCGAUUGCCUCUAUUCCGAAAAGGAACAUUGCAUCUUUUCAAGUUCUAGGACGUGGCAAAUGCUGUGAAUUCCAAAGCGAAAGAAUCCCCAAAACCCAAAACCCAAAAUAACAAUGACGACGACGACGAUGACGAAGAAGAUGAAGUGAAAGUUGUCAUUCAUUGUGCGUCGUUGUUUGAGCUUAAAGAACUCUCUAAUCUCUGUGAUUUGGGUAGCUUUGUGGAUUUGUUCGUGAAAAGAAUUCAGAUUGUAUGGUGCUUUCAGAGCUAUCGAGGGAUUGGAAUUUCUUGUUGUAGUUUUUGUUUUUCGACUGGACUCUCUUCCUUUUCCUCUACUUAAAAAAGUUUGUUUCAUUCAAAAAAAAAAAAAAAAAAAAAAAGAAAAUGGAUGGAAUAGAGAAAACGUUGGAACCUUUCAUGUGGGUUGAGGACUAUACUGAAAUUGGAUAUGGAUGGAAUCAAGAGCAGCAAUAUCAACAACAAACUUCAUUAACAAGAAAAAGAAAGAAAAUGGAGUUUGUAGGGUGGGGAUCAAGACCCCUAAUUGAGUUCUUGGAGUCCAUCGGUAGAGACACCAGCCAGCCCAUCUCUCAGUUCGACAUUACCGCUAUUGUGAAUGAGUAUAUAAAUAGAAAUCUUCUCCAGCCAACAACCACAAAUAAUAAUCACUAUAAUCUUCUGAACAUGGUUAAGAAUAAAGAAAAUAUGAAGAAGAAAAAGAGGGUCGUAUGUGAUGAGAGGUUGCGAGCCCUUUUUGGCAAAAAAUCAUUUAGUCGAGUAAUGAUUUACAAGUUGCUAGAACCCCACUUGGCUGCAGACAAUGAACAAGGUGAUUCUGAAGACGGCUACCUUUCAUGGGGCAAUGAAGGAGUAGAAGCUAAAGGACAACAGGAAAAACACAAGAGAUUGGUUGUUGAAACGUGUAACGCUAAUCCUACACCUAAAAGUUGCUUUGCUGCUGUAAUUCCCGAAAACAUAAAGCUCAUUUAUUUGAAGAGGAGUAUAAUUCAGAAUAUUUUGAAGCAGGAAGUUGACCCUAAAACCAUUGAAACCAAAAUAGUGGGAAGCUUUGUGAGGACCAAGUCUGAUCCUAAUGACUAUCGUCAGAAACACUCUCACAACCUCCUCCUAGUUGCAGGUGUAAAGAUCUCCUCUGGGACUGGUGGUAGUAAUAAUUCUGAGAUUCUACUUCAAGUUUCCGGCGUGAUAAAGGACGUCCCUAUUUGCAUGCUUUCUGAUGAAGAUUUCUCUAAGGAAGAAUGUGAGGAUUUGCGUCAAAGAGUGAAAGAUGGUAUUCUCGAAAGACCUAAAGUG